AUGUUUGCUAAAGUCUGCCAGUGUAUUGGACGCAUCUGCACAUGUGGCCGACAUUCAGAAAGCCCACCCGGACGAUCCACCCUGCGAGAUGCGAUUGAGCUUCGCGGAGGAGUCAUGGGAACACACCGAAGACCCCACAGAGCCCGCGAGGCCGGCGAGCCCGUCAACACGGCCCCAAACGCAGUCGUUUCUAUGCGUGUACCUGUGCCUACAGAUGUAGCAGCCCAACAGUCGGACACAUCCUCAGCAGACCGCAUCUAUGCACACCCAGCAACGGAACUCACGAGAUUUAGAACCGAAGGAGCUCGUCUCCAGGCCUGGAUUGAGGAUGCUAACGUACCGGGUUGUAAAGUUCAACCCGUGACACUGACCUCACUGAAGUUUGACGAAAGAUUCGACAUCAGAGCUUACGACCUGGAUGCGUGGCCUUCACAAAUCAUGGACGGAGGAGACGUUGCAUCUGCGGGGAUUCCGAUGGAUGCAACCAAGUACCGGGCAAUAGAGGCUAUACCUCAUGAUCUUGAGAAUGAUUUCGACCAGUACACCCACCUUCAAACGAAAGGCACCAUCAUUGCCCAGUGCGUGUACCACACAAGAGGCCCUCAUUGGAACGAGGUCGCGACGGUUCUCUACGUGCGUACUAUCAAUGCGGACAUCCAAACCCUCAGAAACAUCGUGCUCACGAACGUUGUGAAUGAUGAAACCAUGGCGCUGGUGAAGUUCAAUCUGUACCCCAGACGAAACCUCUCAUGGCAAAUCCCAGAAGACGGUGAACCGUUUAGAGCUAACCCAUGCGAGAAGUUUGAGCGUGGUACCCGUGAGUACGAAGAGCUCCUCGGAACACAGCUAAUCAAAGCAACAGCCUGUCUUGUCAUCUCGGCGUUCCCUAGGGGCACGAUGAUGAUCAGUCGGAUUGUCACCUGGAAUGAGUUCGCCAAACUCAACAUUCGACUGGAGAUUGCGCCGCGCACCAAUUAG